AUGAGGAAGGAAGCAGUGGCUGGAAAUUACUCUUUUGAAGACGCAAUGGAGGACGAUCCAGACUCGGUGCAAAGUUUCCUGCUGCAGGCGUUGUCACGUUCAGGUGGAGGAGAACGUGGGGGGCACAUGGCACAGAAGAAUCUAGCUCUGGUGCAAGGUUUAGAUGGGCUGAGGAGAGGCCUCAUGCACAGGGUGGGGAAUUCUGUUUAUGGUAACCUAAGGAGAAAAGUUUCACAAGCCACCAUGGCGCUGCUUGAUGAUGUCAGCAGCCUGGUGGAUGUGCCACAGUCCAACGCUCUGGGUCAGUGCUCAGUGGGCGACCUGAGGCAGCUGAUUUUAUGGGGGAUACGACACAAUGUGACAUGGAACACUGAAGCUUUGGGUGUUGGGUCCCCGGGAAUUCCAAACUCUCUUCCAUUCCUGUCCUGUCCCUCCACUGAAGGAGACGAACCAAGCUCACGACAAACACCAGCACACUCUUCAAGAGAAAGCUCAAAACAAAAACGUCUUCAUGAACUCUCAAAUGUACCCCACCGCCCCCAGCUCAACCAGUCACCAACAGGGAGAACGAGAGAGAGCUACAACCAGCAGAAAGAAAUCGAGUACCCCACCUCUAUUGAAAUCCUGGAGGCAGCGUGUAAUGAAUCUAUCCCAGGCUUGACUGGAGUCUCAAACUUCACAGUGUUCCUCUACUGUAAACUGUUUGAAGGGGAGAACGAGUCAGUUAGCUCUGCAGUGGCUCAGAUGGGGCUUGACCUGCAUGCCACGUGUUCUGAUGCAGCUUGGUACCUGUCGGCUGCCGAGGAGGACUUCCUUUGGGUUCAUGUUUGUAGUGAGUUCUUCGCCCAGGAAUUUAACAACACAGUGUGUGCCAACUCCUCUUUCUGGCUGCAGAGAGCACAUCAGGCUGUAUUGACAAAGGACUACCACUUUUUCAACCAAACCAGUAUAGAUGACCUGUGUGUACACCUGACAGGUGAGGCCAUAGGAAGCCCUGGACUUGGUGAGAACUGUUUGGCUCCGUUAGGCAGCAGGAUGCUCACUGCAAAGGCUUUCAGACACUGCUUCCUUCCCAACAACUCUGUCCUGAUAUCAGGCCUGUGUGGGAAAGAUUCCCCUGAAUCACAGCAGACCUUACCAGAGGGCAGCUGGGCCGCAGCAUACUGCUCCAAAAUACACAACUACACCCAUGUUGAUACUUUUGAGGAGCCUUGUCAGUACAGGGAAUGGGAGGUGCAUCAUUUUACCAACUCCACCCUCCUGGAGCUCUGUGAGCAGACACAUGGACUGAGGGAGUACAUUUGUCUAAACACAACUCUCUACAAUAAGCUGUUACAAUCAGCGCCUCAGUUUGCUGAUCUCUGUGCUGACCUGCAGGCAGAACUCGAGGAAAGGAAGUGCUUCCUGCAGAGAUUUUUUGACAUGCUCCCGGCACGGUAUGAGUUUGACACAUCUCAGCUGUGUGUGGACCCGGCCCCGCUGCUGGUGGACGUUCUGCACAAGCUGAGUGUGUGUGAAGUCCAGGGAGGGGAACGAGAAGGGUUCCUGUUGGCGCUGGGGUAUGUGUUUCGAGUCCUGGACAUCAUGGUGGGACUGUCUUCAGGACUGGACGAGGGGGAAAGAGAGGCGAGACAGGGUUUAGGUCAGGCCAUGCUCCUCUCCAGUCUACUUGACAACACGUCCUGGGCCGAACUGCAGCCAGAAGCUUCCAUGAGUGUCCUGCACACCAUCGGAAUCUUCCUGCGCAGAGAGCAGAACGCCACUCUGAAAGAAGACCUGCUGAGCUGCUUCAGUCCCGUCUUGUGGGACCUCAUCCAGCGGGACGACAACUCAUCUGCUCUGAGGGUUCUCCUGCAGGAGUAUCUUCAAAUGCCAAGAGACAGCAUUCGUACUCUGGUGAUGUCUGCUGAAAAAGACGCUGUGAAGAGAUUCAUCUCUCAUAUGCAUCAAAGUUGGGACCAGUUACAAGUUGAAACUGUCCAGGCCUCUCAAAAAGAGUUACAGGCCAUGGAAACAAUGACUGCUGCUUUCAUCCACAAGUUCCCACGAGUGACUCCAGAGUUGUUCGUGGACAUGUCUCAGUUCAUUCCCUUCAUGUCUGUGUCUGACAUCAUGAGCUUCCCGGCGUCCCUGAUAGUCAACGACACUGUACUGACAGCCAUUCGUGACCACAGCUCAGGGAUGAAGUCCCUGCAGAAAAAGGCUUUUGUAAAGAGACUCCUCCAGUCCAGUGUGGUUGGUGAUGUCCCUACAUGGCCACCGUACUUUCUCACAUCCAUCCUUCCACUUCUGCCGUUCCUUCCGGUCAGCCAUUUUCAGCAACUGACCUCACAACAGUUAACUCCUCUUGUAGAGUUACUAGGCAACAGUAGCCUGGAUGGCGUUCGGGGACGACAUGUGCUCCGAACCCUUUUCAGUACGAAGAAGAACAUGACAAGUGAUGGCAUACUGAGAUUAGGAGUCCUUAUAUGUUACCUGGAUCCAGAGGACCUGGCUUCAUCUCUUCAGGACUCACCUGUGGCUCUCUGGCAGCAGCUGACCCGGUGCAUAUCCAAAGGCUUCAUCAGCCCCAGCGGCAGAAUGGCUUCUUGGUUGAUACAAGCCGUUCAGAACGUGAACAUGAGCAGCUCGGCUCCUGCAGAGCUGUCAGCCCUCAGUGACUUGUCGUCUCAGUUAGGCACUUCCUUCCUUCUUUCACUUCCCUCACAACAACUCCUGGAAGUCCUCACACAGCCAGGAUCACACAGAUAUUCCCCAGCGCAGGCUUUUCAAAUCCUAUCCAAGAUAUCAAACGACAUCCCUCUCACCAUGGAAAGACUUUGCAAGCUGAAGCCGUUACUCUGUGGUCUCUCCCCUGCUGUGCUCACAGACCUCCAGUGGGAUGAGAUCAGUGAGGCUACCCAUUGCGAGUGUUUGAGAUCACUGCUGACUGAGCUUAAGCCUGGCCAUAGAGCCAUGCUAUACAAUGCUAUGCAGGAGGCUCUACAGAGAGACACGCAGAACAACACUGAGCAGGUAAACUGUCUGUCACCAUUUGUCCCUCUGAGGAAGCUAACAGAAAGCGUAACCGGUGAAACAAUCCUGAAAGAUAUCCGCCUCUACAGAGACAUACUCUGGUCACAACAACAGGCUCAAGUUUUAUUCAAAAAGGUCAACAAGUUUGGAAACAUUUCCAGCCAGAUGGUGAGGAAUCUGGGUCAUAUUGCCAGCGGAAUAAGUUGUGAGUUAUUUAGGCUUUGGAGCAAUGAUACAGACUUUGCAGAACUGCUUCAGUUUGUUACUGAGCUGCCUGGAUCUCUGAGACCUGCUCUGCGGAAAUGUCUUGUAGAAGAACUGAGGACACAUCCCGAUGUCGACGUCAACACUUUGAGCUCUGGAUUUGCUGCAACAUUACCAGUGACAAUGAUAGAGGACAUAUCCAAUGUAUCCUUCAGAGGCAUCCUGAGCUACAUCCAGGCUAACUUUGCUGAGUUCCUCAGACUGCCACAUUACAAGCAGACAAAUUUAGCAGAGAAAGCUGUCUCUGAGCUGGCAGCAGAGGAGAUUGAUGGCACCACACUGGAUGUUCUGGGGCCCUUGCUGCCUUUCUUGGACCGAGACAGUCUGGCUCUGGUGGACAGAGGAGCUCUGGCUCUGCGGCUUGAGGAGAUGAGAGGUUUCUGUCUUCCUAAAGAGGCCCUGAGAGACAUUAGUGCCCUGCUCACUCAGAAAGACCUGCUGGGGGAGCCUUCUAAAUGGCAAGUUGAGGAUGUUGAACAUUUGGGCCGGCUGGUGUUUUCUCUUUCAAUGAAGCAGAUUAACUCUAUCCCUCUGGCAGUGUUAAAUAAAGACACAGUGGAGCAGGUCCUGGUGGGUCAAAGCCACUGGGAGGACAGCAUGGUCGGUAGAGUCUGUGUUACUCAGUGCAUGGACAAGAAUCGCCACAGAAGACAGACCCACAGUCUCAUUCGAGGGAUCGUCAAAGCAAGAAGCAGGAGAGCCAAAGUGCCAGUUCCAAGCUGUGCAGACAUCAGAGGUACAUUUCCCUCAGCAUGGACGUCCACUCAGCUCGGUCGCAUGUCCCAAGAAGAUCUUAAACAGUGUGUCGAAAUCUUUGCUGAAGAUGCUUCAUUGAGUUCUGAGCAGCGACGAGCACUGUGGAUGAAACUCAGACGGGUCUUCGGUCCAGUGAGGGAGCUGAGAGCGGAUCAGGUGCUGGCUCUGGGCUCAGUGGUGACUGAGAUGGGAGAAAAAGAACUGCAGGAUGCCAAUCUAACUGAUAUGGGUGUUCUGGCAAAUUUAGGGACGCUGACAGAUUGGAGCCCUAAAAAGAUGAGAGCAGUGAUUCUGGGUGUGAUGAGGAAACGUAAGCUGAAAGUCGAACAGUUAACAGCCGUUGAUCUUGCAACAUUUGGCCAUCUGAUCUGUGGUCUGUACCCCUCAGAGAUCAAAAGAUUGAGUCCCUACAACCUCAGUGUGGCGGUCCUGUUCAUGCGGGAGAUGUCCCUGCCGUGCACAGAACAGCAGAUGGAGGUGUUGACAAGCCGUUUGUCCAGACCUGAGGCCUUUGGUCCAGUCAGUGCUUGGGGACCAGAAGUUUUCACUGAAAUUGGGACUUUGGCAGUGGGCCUGGAGGACAUGGUGCUAUCAUCCCUGGUACAAGAACAAGUGGAGGGAAUAACCCCUGAGGCCUUUGCCCUGAUGUCAAAGAAAAAGAUGGCCGUGGUGUUCAGUGCAGUUCAGUUGUCCUGGCUGAGCGCAGAGCAGGCCUGGGCUGUCACUGAGGAGCAGUGGGAAGAGCUGGACAAUGAGCAGAGACACGCUGUUGGACUAGCUCGAUACGAGGGAGACGUCCUGCUGGAGCUGAGAGGAAGAAACUCAGCUCCAGCAGUCCUCAACACAGAAAGCUUCCCUUUACACUCACUGCUGCUCUGCCUCUUAUUAUGGCAGCUAAUUUAAAAUGCUGAAAAUAAUUGAAUCUGUUCCUUGACCUCCCUUGGUAUCAUCACAUUUGUACUUUAAAUAAAUAUUUUGGACUGUU